GGGCGGGGCGGGUUGAUGAUGUCCAAAAUUGCCUCCGUAUCAUCAGACACCGAGUUAGACGUUAAAAGUUGAGCACAGAGUCGACAAGAUGUCUCGUGAACUGCACGCCCCUUCUUCGUCGGGCUUGUUUUCUAGAGCUAAUGCGGCUCCUUUGUAUCGCAUGCGCGCUCCCAGUCCUAGUACGAGCUCUAGCAGCGAGGAUUCCCUGGAUAGUAGGACUAGCAUUGGAACCGCGUCUACCUACUCUUCCUCGUCUUCUACGCGUGAACACCGAGACACCCUCGCGGCGCGUAACACUUCCACAAAUCCGACUCCUACUUCCUCCAGAACGAAACACACACACAAACACGCGACCGAACACAUCCUUACAAGUGCUCGUAAUGCCAACAUUCCUAUCCUCCUCCGUCAUCAGCAGAAGAGGACCGGUCGCGUCAACGUUGUUAGUAGUCGCGGAAGGCGCACUCCCAGCGACGACGACGACGACGAUUCCGACUACGAGCAGCAUCAACGCCUCAAGAAGCAAAAGACCAAGUCUCAAGAACAGCUCGAUGCUGAGCACCGCCGGAUGCUUGAUCGCAAGGCCGAGUUGGUGGACGAUCCUCUGUUGGACGCGAGUAGGAUGUGUCCUGACAAAGUUUGGUGUCUCCCAUGCGACAAAUAUAUCCAGAUCGACAGCAGGAGGCAGUUCUAUGCGACUUUAUGGUACAAACACCGGGGGAAGAGACAUGGGGAUGUGCCUUUAAAGCGCUCAGAAGUGUAUAGUGGGGACGAUAUAGACGUAGCCAUGAGUGAAGAAUACCCAGCAGCUCUCGCAGUACCAGUGAUUGACGACGCCUUUGCGAGCAACAUCCUUGCGACGAUGUAUUCCAAGGCCAAGGGCCUCAAACUGUUAUCCCUUGCAGCGACAGCGGCUUUGAGUUAGAGAACCAAACCUGGAUUCUGCUCCUCGGUAGUUCACUCACUGUCAGUAGACCUGUAAACCAAUGUAUUGUAGUUUCCGGAUCCCGUUGCAUAUCAUCAAUAUAAUUGCCAGU